AGUACUGACAGUCAGUAUUUAAAAAACCCAAUAAUAAUAAUAACACAAAAUAUAUUUAUUAUGACAUCAUAUGAGUGACUGAUUAUAAUAUAGUGUAAUACAGUGUGACAAUCAAUGUCUUUGCUAAGGAGUUCCCCGAACUAUAUCUGGAAUACCAAUGCAGUCCUUGGAAAGGGUGCUACCGGUGCUGUCUUUGCUGGUCUUCACAAACAAACUGGUGAUGCGGUGGCUGUAAAAGCGUUCAACCAUUUAAGUCAUAUGCGUCCCUAUGAGGUACAGAAGCGAGAGUUUGAAGUAUUGAAAAAAGUUAAUCAUCAGAAUAUUGUCAAACUAUUGGCCAUCGAGGAAGAGAAUGAAAGUCACCAUAAAGUACUGGUAAUGGAGUUGUGUACCGGCGGCAGUCUGUUCAACAUAUUGGACGACCCGAUCAACUACUAUGGUCUCGACGAGAAGGAGUUCCUACUUGUUCUCAAACAUGUCGCCGCCGGUAUGAAACACUUGCGCGACAUGAAUAUCAUUCAUCGGGACCUAAAACCGGGUAAUAUUAUGAAAUAUGUCUGCGAAGAUCAUACAUCCAUCUACAAGUUGACCGACUUUGGGGCCGCCCGUGAACUAGAAGACGACCAACAGUUUAUGUCGCUCUACGGUACUGAAGAAUAUCUGCACCCGGAUAUGUACGAAAGGGCUGUCCUACGCAAAUCAGUGGGCAAAUCGUUUAACGCCAAUGUCGAUCUCUGGUCUAUUGGUGUUACACUCUAUCAUAUAGCUACCGGUGUACUACCGUUCAGGCCAUACGGUGGCCGUAAAAACAAGGAUACUAUGUAUAAGAUAACAACGGGAAAAUCGUCGGGAAUCAUAUCGGGCGUCCAGAACACUGAAAACGGUGAAAUCGAGUGGAGUCGGACACUACCGAAAUCAUGUUUACUAACAAAUUCACUUCAACCGCUGGUCACACAACUGUUGGCCGGACUUCUAGAGUGCGACGAAAGCCGGAUGUGGUCUUUCGAUAAGUUCUUCAAAAGUGUAACCAAUAUCUUAACAUUUAAAACAAUACAUAUAUUUUAUGCCAACAAUCUAUCGCUACAUUGUCUCUACUGUUAUCCAAAUGAAAAAUUAAUUGAAAUCAAGACUCGCUUGGAAACUAUGGUCAAACUGGGAACCGGUAGUCAACUAAUGAUAUGGAAUAAAAAGCAAAUAUCCGACGACCUAACCGUCAAUGAUUUCCAGACAUCGGCCGAUAAACCGAUAUUCCUAUUGAAUUCGGACUCGACUAAGAUUCGGGCAACAUAUCCAUCGACAAUACAGACAUCAUCGUCAUCAUCAUCGUCGUCGUCGACAUUGACAUCAGCGAUAACAACAUCGGCCACAACAGCCCACAAGUUUCCCGAUAUUAUCAAUACGUCGACUAAUUGCGAAACUGACGCACAAAUGGCCAAACUAUGCGCUUCGAUGGCCUAUUCGAUCCAAAGAUGUGUCGACAAGAGUGCGCUUAACCAUCGAUUGGCUAAUGAGACGCCAACUAAUAUUAUGUCAUUAAUCGAGAACAAUGUCAAACGUUUGACUGAAAAACAACAAAAAUGUCAAUUUAUGUUAAAUUCACUGAACUAUCAAUUGGAUUCAUUAAACGAAAAUAAUCUAAUUAUCAAUCGUUUGGUAUCAUCGCUUCAUUUGGAUAUUGACAAUACAAUCAUCAACGAAGAAGUGGCACAACUAUAUCAAAAACUUCUUCAAGAUUGGACGGGUCUAUCAUCAGAAAUGACAGCCAAAGUGAACAAUCUGAGAGAUAAUUGGAUUAAAGAGUCGCAAAAUUCUAGCGCUUAUGUAUCCAGUGCUCAAUCAAAGGCGAAAUAUUUUUGCAAUAAGAUCCGGGAAAGUUGGCAAACACUACACAAAGAUAAACAAUCGAGAGCUCUUAAUCUAUCGGUAAACGAGGAAAAGUUACAUCAAUUGGAAAAGAUAAAAAUGGACACAAAUUGCAAAAAAUUAAAUGAUGUCCUAAUAAAAGAGUCAAACGCCGGCAUUACUAUUAUGACCGAAAAAUUAGACGAUUGGUAUUCUGGAGCUCAGGUAGCUAUUGUACAAUCAGAGUGCCUGCUAAAUGUUAUAACCGGAUCAUUUAUGACUGAUUUGAACAAUUUAAAUGAAAUGAUUGAUCAGAUUAAAGAAGAUCAGCGACAAGUUUGGCAAACAAUUAUCAAACGAUUGCAAUCAAUUGCACCCAAAACAACAACAUCAGCUGAUCCAACUCAUCAAUUACUGGAUCUUCCGUUAACAGCUAAUAAUCAGCCAAUUGUUUACAACAAUUUGGUUGUUGAACAACAACAACAACAACAAAGUGAAGUCCAAUCCAAUGAGUCUUCUUCUUCUAACCAGAAGUUACCACCAAUUCUAGCUCAAGAACUCGAUAGUUUGAGAGAAUCGGCUAAAGCUGUUUGGCUGGCAAUGCAAGAAAAUAUCAGUUUAACUGCAGAAUUGAAUAGAAUUGAUAUGAAUCAUUGGACAUCGACACUACCACCUAAUUGAUAAAUAAUUUUUUGU